UUCAAACCAACCAACCUACCUCUCUCUCUCUCUCACUCAUCUUUUCCCCUUAUUCUUCCCCUUCCCCCCCGAUCUCUCCCGCACUCCUGCACACGCGCACACACACAAAAACGCCGUCGCAAAGCUUCUUUUCCUCGACCCCUCUCUUUUGAGCUUGCUCGAACCUAGCCAUCGGGUCUAGAACGACUCAGGAACCACUGCCGGGAGAGAAGCGCAAUCCCGAUCGGAACUCUUAUCACUGCAUUUUUACUCAAGUCUCUCAAAUCCCAUAUCCCGCAUCCCGACACGAUACUUAGGUCAAGGUGAUUGGAGGUACACAAUGACACAACAGGCCGACGUCGCCGCCGCGGCCCCUCCCGCCACCACGGCUCAGUCCCCAUCCCCGUCUCCUCGCGACCGCAUCAUAGCGCACAUGAACAGCGACCACCAGCGGGAGCUCUCCCUCUACCUGCGCCAUUACGCCGGUCUCGGCCACUCCGCCGCCGCCACGCCGUGGCUCAAGGACGUGACUCUCGAGGGCAUGAACAUCGCCGCCGGCGGGCUCGGCGGCAAGGAGUACCACGUCGCCUUCGACCCGGCCCUUGACUCCUGGGCCGACGUGCGCCCCGCCGUUGUCGAGAUGGCGCGCGUCUCGCGCCGGGCGCUGGGGCUCAGCGACGUUGCCGUUACCCACUUUGCGCCGCCGCAAGGCUUUGACGUCGUCGUCUUCGGCUCCGUUGCCUUUUACUUUGUCUGCUGGCUCACGCUGGGGUUCGUGCUGCCCGGCACCCCCAUCUGGUCCUUCCUCCAGGCCGUGUUCCCUGGUGGGCCUAGGUGCUACCGAUGGCUGGUCAAGGCCAUCUUCCUGCCCGUGCUGGCCAUUCAUCUGACCGAGUGCUACUGGUUCCACCGGACGAGGCUCCAGAGGCAUGGCAUCGAGGCCGGCACGGGUCUCUGGUGGACGUGGAUCGGGAGCUUGUUCUUCGAGGGGGUGUGCGGCUUUAUGAGGUUCGACGCCAUUGUCGCCGCCAAGAAGAAGGAGAACGAGGGGAAGAGCCACUAGGUCUUUAGCGCUGGGAGAGGAGGAAUCGAGGCUUCCCCUGAAGGCGAGCAGGACCAUUCAGCCGCCCACGGACGACACAUUAAGACGAGAGACACUGUCGUCGACAACCGGAAUCGAUUCGGGUGGUGAUCCAGCGGCAGCUACCCUUCGCAAUCACUACGAGUGUGUCUCGGAGGUACUAGCCCCGUGCAAAAACCCUGGGUUGUUUGGUGUCCAUCUCCUCGGAGGCUCGCAAACCAAGCUUUUGGCCGAGGGAAGGGGCGGAGUCGAGCAUCUGACUGCCAGCCAAGAAGACAAACCGGCGGGGGAGGCUCGAGACUUUCGUUGGUCAGUGUCACCGAACUUUCUGAAAGACAGUCGAGGGCCACGGCUACGAGUGUAAUGUUAAUUGAGGUCGGUGUUUAGUGAGGCCAAAAGCACGUACCUCAUCAGCAAAAAGGAGUUGGUUGCAUCAGCAGCGAGUGUCCUUCUUUUCCACAAUC